ACCCACAAGAAGAAAAAUAUCGACCAGAUUCAAGAAUCUUGCAGCCGUCGCGAAAAAGAUCUUCGCUUCCUUCGUGGCAGAGUCGUCCACGGCGCGAUUUUCUUCCCCCAUAGAUUUUCCCGGAAAAUAGAUUUCCAUAGUCCCGGAAAAUAGGACCUACCAAUGGAGUCGUUAACAUCGGUUUCUCCUGCCAUAAUACUCCCGCCCAGUUCCACGAUCUUCACUUCGACAUCGAGAUCGGCGAUUCGUGUUCGACUCUGUCGUUCUUCAUCGUUUUCCGGCAUGUCUUGCGUCCGGAGACGGAAUCCGAUUUCGAGGCGAGGAGCGUUCGUGUGCUGCAAAUCGAAGGGAAGAGAUGGUGAGGACGGCGAUGAAGACGGAAGAGAGGAUGUGGAGAGAGCGUUUAACUUGGACGGUACGAUCCCUGGUACUUCCGAUGAGUUCGUGAGGAGAGUGUCGUCACGCGCCUACGACAUGCGUCGACAGCUUGAGCAGACGUUCGAUUCCAGCAGCUAUGAUGUGUUGGAUUCCAAUCCAUGGAGAGAAGACACCAAGCCAGUAUAUGUACUAACACACAGAGAAAACCAGCUCUGCACCAUGAAAACCAGGAGAAACCGCAGUGAAGUAGAGAAAGAGCUUGGACUGUUGUUUUCUAGGACGAAGCAGUCUAGACCCGAAACCAAGUUCCAGAUGCUCGUCGAAGAUAUCCAAGAGGGAGUUCUUAUCUUCGAAGAUGCGAAUGAGGCUGUCCGGUACUGUGACCUGUUACAAGGAGGAGGCCGAGGCUGUGAAGGCGUUGCAGAGAUCGAAGCCUCAUCCGUAUUUGAUAUUUGCCGGAAAACAAGGUCGUUGGCGGUGAUAUUCCGGCGGGGAAGAACACCGCCGACUCCUCAGACGCUGGAGCGUAACUUGAGAUCCCGUAAGCGUUCCCUUGAGGACUUGAGAGACGGUAAUUAGCCUCCUUUACAUACAAUUGUUUUCUUCUUUUUUCUUCUUAAAAAAAGUUUGAUGGAUACUGUAUAUAUGUAUAUAUCUGUUGACUUUUGGCUCUUAUUGUUCAAAUCUAUAUGAUGCAUAUACUGUUUGUUCAA